AUGAAGUUUUUCAGCCGCAUCGGGGCGACUGCCCUCGCGGUGACAGCGUCGCUGCAACAAUGUGCCGCCCAGAUGACCGCGGGAACCUACACCGAUGAGGCGACCGGUAUCUCCUUCAAGACGUGGACCGCCACCUCGGGUGGUGCCUUCACCUUCGGUAUCGCUCUGCCAUCAGACGCUCUGACGACUGACGCUACCGAGUAUCUCGGUUACCUGAGCUGCCAACUCGCCGACCCUACCGCCCCUGGCUACUGUGGUCUGUCCCAUGGCCAGUCCGGUCAGAUGACCCAGGCGCUCCUGCUCCUCGCCUGGGCCAGUGAGGACGUCGUCUACACCUCCUUCCGCUACGCCACCGGCUACACCCUGCCCUCCCUCUACACUGGUGACGCCAAGCUCACCCAGAUCUCGUCCAAGGUCAACGCGGACUCCUUUGAGCUGCUCUACCGUUGCGAGGGCUGCUUCGCCUGGGACCAGGAUGGCGUCCAGGGCAACGUUUCCACCAGCGCCGGCAACCUUGUCCUCGGCCACGCUGCUGCUACUUCGGACCUUGUUGGCCCUACCUGCCCCGACACGGCUACUUUCGGCUUCCACGACAACGGUUACGGUCAGUGGGGUGCUGCGCUGGAUGGCUCGACUUCGGACUCGUAUGCGGACUGGGCUGCGCUCGCGACCACGACCCCGCCCACGACCUGCGACGGCUCGGGUGGUGAUGACGCCGUCUGCACUCCCGCUCCGGAAGACACGUACGACUACAUCGUCGUUGGCGGUGGUGCCGGUGGUAUCACUGUCUCCGACAAGCUGAGCGAGGCUGGCCACAAGGUCCUGCUGAUCGAGAAGGGCCCCCCGUCGACCGGCCGCUGGAAGGGCACCAUGAAGCCUACCUGGCUCGACGAUACUGACCUCACUCGCUUCGACGUCCCCGGUCUGUGCAACCAGAUCUGGGUCGACUCGGACGGCAUUGCCUGCACGGAUACCGACCAGAUGGCCGGCUGUGUUCUCGGUGGUGGUACCGCCGUCAACGCUGGUCUAUGGUGGAAGCCUAACCCGCUCGACUGGGACGAGAACUUCCCCACUGGAUGGAAGUCCGAUGACCUCGCCGACGCUACCGGCCGUGUGUUUGAGCGUAUCCCCGGCACUAAUGCCCCGUCGCAGGACGGCAAGCGCUACCUCCAGGAGGGCUUCGACGUCCUCACCGGUGGUCUUGAGCAAGGUGGCUGGACCUCGGUCGUUGCCAACGAGGAGCCCACCAAGAAGAACUUCACCUACGCCCACACCGAGUACAUGUACGAGGGCGGCGAGCGUGGCGGCCCUCUGGCUACCUACCUCGUCACUGCCUCUGGCCGUGACAACUUUGCUCUCUGGACCGGCUCGGCUGUGCGCCGCGCUGUUCGUGACGGCAGCAAGGUCUCGGGUGUCGAGCUCGAGUGCUUGACGGACGGUGGCUACAACGGCACCGUCAAGUUGAACGAGGGCGGUGGUGUCAUCUUCGCGGCCGGUGCCUUUGGCUCGGCUAAGCUGCUCUUCCGCUCUGGUAUCGGCCCGUCUGACCAGCUCCAGGUUGUCGCGAGCUCCAAGGACGGCGCGGACUUCACCGCCGAGAGCGACUGGAUCAACCUGCCCGUCGGCAGCAACCUGAUUGACCACUUGAACACCGACCUGAUCGUCACUCACCCGGAUGUGGUCUUCUAUGACUUCUACGAGGCCUGGGACGAGCCGAUCGCGGAUGACGAGUCUGCGUACCUGAACGGUCGCACCGGUAUCCUUGCCCAGGCUGCCCCCAACAUUGGCCCCAUGAUGUGGGAUGAGGUCACUCCCUCCGACGGCAAGGUCCGCCAGUUCCAGUGGACUUCUCGUGUUGAGGGUGCCGCCACCUACACCAACUCGACCCACGCCAUGACCCUCAGCCAGUACCUCGGCCGUGGUGUCGUCUCGCGCGGCCGCAUGACCAUCACCAAGGGCCUGACCACCGUCGUCAGCGACCCGCCUUACCUCAAGGACGACUCCGAUCUCGAGGCCGUCAUCACCGGCAUCAAGAACAUCCAGGCCGCCCUCAACACCAUCCCCAACAUCACCUGGGUGCUCCCGCCCCCCAACGGCACCGUCGAGGAGUACGUCGCCAGCCUGCCGGUCACCCCCGCCGCGCGCCGCGCCAACCACUGGAUGGGCACUGCCAAGCUGGGUAGUGAUGAUGGCCGUGACGGCGGUACCUCGGUUGUGGAUCUCGAUACUAAGGUGUAUGGUACCGACAACUUGUUUGUGGUGGACGCGUCGGUGUUCCCGGGUAUUAGCACCGGUAACCCGUCGGCUAUGAUUGUUAUUGUUGCUGAGCAGGCUGCUGGGCGGAUUCUCGCGCUGCGGAGCUAG